GAGGGUGAGAGAAAAGCUGCGCAUGCGCACUGCAGUUGUACCGGAAGACGCCAACAUGGAGGUGUUUGUGAGCGCUCCGAGUUCCAGGUUUUCUAACUCGAUGUUUCCAGGUGGAUCUGUGGUCAGAGACGUUCUGAACAGGUUCAUCCAGCCACAGGGACUUUCCUCGGACGAUUUCUACGCGAUCAGAAACGGCCGACUGUGCGAUCUGGACGAUCCUCUGCGGCAUGGAGCUGUCUAUCACCUGGAGCCCCGCCUCUGUGGAGGGAAAGGAGGGUUCGGCUCCAUGCUGCGAGCUCUGGGCGCUCAGAUCGAGAAGACCACAAACCGCGAGGCCUGCAGAGACCUGAGCGGGCGACGCCUCCGAGACGUCAACCACGAGAAAGAGAUGGCGGAGUGGCUGAAGAAUCAGGCGGAGCGCGAGGCGGAGAAGGAGCAGCGGCGUCUGGAGCGCCUGCAGAGGAAACUGUCCGAGCCCAAACACCAGUUCACUGAUCCAGAGUACCAGCAGCAGUGCCACGACCUGUCGGAGAGACUGGAGGACUCGGUGAUCAAAGGUCUGCAGGCGUCCUCCGGCGGCCAGGUGAAGGCGGAUGACGGCUCGGCAGCGAAGAGACCGAACUCGGAUCAGAGCGAGCAGCCGCACAAGAAGAAGAAGAAGAAGAAGGCGGCGGCGGCGGCGGCGUUCUGGACGGGCGUCGACGAGCUGCUGAGCUCAGAGGACGAAGAGUCUCCGUCCACGUCCUCCUCCGGCUGUGGAGCUGCUGCAGUUACCAUGACGCCGCAGACAGAGGAGGCGGAGCCUGAGCAGAGCAGCAGCUCCUCUUCAGCUGACCGGGCCCCCAGACCCCCAGAGGACCAGAGACCUCCACAAACCUCCAGAGACCAGGCCCCCAGACCCCCAGAGGACCAGAGACCUCCACAAACCUCCAGAGACCAGGCCCCCAGAUCCCCAGAGGACCAGAGACCUCCACAAACCUCCAGAGACCAGGCCCCCAGAUCCCCAGAGGACCAGAGACCUCCACAAACCUCCAGAGACCAGGCCCCCAGACCCCCGGAGGACCAGAAACUUGUAGAAGCUUCUAAACCAUCGGAGGAGUCCAGCAGUUGGUCUCUGCAGCAGGGCCGGGCUCUGGAUCUGUCCUCGGUGACGGCCGCCGCCCAGCUGGAGUCUCUGGGUCUGGACGUCCUGAAGGAGGAACUGACGUCUCGGGGGUUGAAGUGCGGGGGAACGCUGACGGAGCGCGCCGCCCGACUGUUCUCCGUCAGAGGGUUGACGCCAGAGCAGAUCGACCCGGCGCUGCUCGCCAAACCAGGCAAGACGAAGAGGAAGUGAAGAGGAGGAGGGAUCGUCUGAUCCACGCGCUUAGCUUCCUGCUUUAAACUGAGGAAAGAGGAAGUGACCUCGAGUUCAGUUUGUGAAAGUUGAGAUUUUAUUUGUUUGAUUUUUGUCAGUUUGAACAUGAAUCAGGUUUUUAACAGUGAAGACAAACUGUCCAAUCAGAGAGCAGCGUUUUCAGUUCAGUUUAACAUCGUUUUGUUGUAACCGUCACACUUCAUUUCUCUCAUUAAAACUUCUGAAACAAAA